UUGUCCUGCUGUUAUCUACCCUUUCAAAGAGUUGACUCCCCUCCUGUUUUUGGGCUCCCUUUAGGUACUGGAAGGGAAUCUGAAUUUAUAGCCACAUUCCUUACGUUGUACACCUGCUUCCAAAACAAUGAGACCCAAACCUUUGCUGGUUUCUUCCAAGUUCAUAUAUCUGUGUAUUUCAGUAGUAACAUCUGCAUUGCAUGUUUAAUGCAGACUGAGAACAUAAAUAGUAAUAAUAUUUAGUUUGAUUUCCAGUGUAUUACCUAUGUACUUUUCUAUGGUGGUCAUUGACUUAGAACCUGACACUUGUGAAGAACCAACGCCUGCAACAGGCGCUGUAAAUGGCACAAAUAGCACAGCCUGUUGCAGAAAGGUGUUUUCAUGCUCUAUAAAUGCAGCCACUCCCUGCCCUGGAGUUAUUUGUGCUUUAUUUGCUGUGCUUUGUUUGCUGUGCCUGUUUGUCUGUGGGCUGAGUUGCUUCCUUUCCUAUUGGCACUGUCGUUUCAGACCAAAUAAUUUCCCAUCCCUUGCCAGUCUUGCUGCCAUUCUCCUCUCACAUUAAGUCCUUUCCUACAGCUUUAUGCUCCAGGUUGCCUGGCUUCCUGCUGCACUGCCAUACCCAUAGACAGGGCUGCUGCCCUGCUCUGUCUGAUGCCUCAGGGAUCUGAUUUCAGAGUUAUGCUCUAUGUUUGAAAGUCUAUUUUGUGAGAUGAUCCUGUAGGAAGGGUUUGUGUGAAUGCAGUUACCACCUUCUCUGCUGCUGCUCUUUUAUCUGGACAGGUUGUUCUCUUUGAAAGGGCUGCUGGGACUGCUGUUUCUUCAGUCUGCAUAAAUCUAUUAAAAGCCAGAUCCAAAUCAGCUUGCUGCACACCAUCACUUAGCAGCCAGCUUCAUUAAUGUGCAAAAUAUUUUUUCCUAUUAGCUCUUGAGUUCUUUUCUUUACAAACAUUGAUAUUCUAUUAACUAUAAACUGUAUUUGAUUUUUAAACUUCUUUUUAAAAGAACCAAGACAUUUUUUCCUAUGAUGUUUGUUUACAGCGUUAGCUACUGUUCCUUAUGAGAGUACCUGCUGUGGCUUAUCAACAGAGGUAUCACUGAUUUGGACAGUUUCUGAACCCAGAACUUGCCAGUAAGGAGUUAGUUCACAUUCUAUACACAUGGGUCAAUAUAAUUUUUAAUACUGUUUCACAUCUGUGUGCUGUUGCUACUCAUAACACGGCACAUUGGGAUGUCAGCAGCAAACGCUGCCCUAUUCACUUGCAGAAUGUGCUGGUCAGUGAAUUGCUUCUUUGUGACCUUCCCACCAGGAUUAUUUAGGGAGAAAAAAAAGAUCUCCUGUGAGUAGAGAGCCUGGGCUGUGCUUCUCAAUCAAAGAUUGUUCUACUAAUGAUUUCUGAAGGAUUAAAAUGGGCCCAGUAAAUGGGCCCAGUAUCCUUUGGCAGUGCUCUGUAUUGAAGGAGGUGCCUACAGGAGUUCAAGAAAAGACUUCUCUUUUUAACAUGCAGCUGGACUUAACAGGGGCAGUUCCCAGCCUGAUAGUUGCUUUUAUCAUUGUAGCUAAUGGGGAUCACCAGGGACGAAAAAAGUCUUUGGUUUUACCAUCAACUGGAGCUUUGAUUGCAGAUAUUUUCCUCACUAUAAUAUCGUACUUCUCCUUGCCAAUCUCUGUCCUGUUUUUUGUUACAUUUAUUUCGGGACUGUUUGGGAGUAUGGCAACUUUCCUUGGAGGAGGCUUUGCUUAUAUAGCAGAUCAGUGUCAUGAUGAGAAACAGAAAACAAAACGAAUAGCUGUGGUUGAUUUAAUUUUUGGAGUUGUAUCUGGAUUGGCAGGACUGUCUUCUGGGUACUUUUUAAGAGAAAUGGGCUUUACAUGGACAUUUGUGACAGCAUCUUUACUUCAUGUUGUUAACAUUGUCUAUAUUAUUUUUUUUCUGGAAGACACAGUGCACGUAUCUGAAUUGCAGCAACAGGCACCAUUGUCUUAUAAAGAAUAUCUAAAAGAAACAUUUUCUGGAGUGUACAUGCUUUUUAAAACUGCCCCUUCUAAAAAGAGAAUUUUAAUCAUUGUGUUACUUUUUAUAUUUAUGACUUAUUUAUUUACUAUGUAUGGGGGGGGUUCCCUGUUUACAUUGUAUGAACUGGACGAGCCACUGUGCUGGACUGAAGUGUACAUUGGAUACGGAGCAGCUGCAUUCACUUCUGUCUCUGUGACCAGUUUUUUGGGAGUUUACUUAUUUUCUAAAUGUCUCAAAGACAUUUACAUUGUCUUUAUCGGGAUAUUUUCUUACAUUGGAGGAAUUGUCAUGGCUGCCUUUGCCAAAACAACCCUGCUCAUGUUUUUAGUAAGAUUGCCAUCUUUAUUCUGCAUUAUGCCUAUUCCUGUUCUCCGAUCCAUGCUGUCAAAAGUGGUUCUCCCCAGUGAGCAGGGUGCUGUGUUUGCUUGUAUUGCCUGUUUAGAAAUUUUGACUGGCACUAUUUCACUUGCAGUCUUUAAUGUUAUCUAUGCAGCUACAGUUGCAUGGUUUUCAGGCUUUAGCUUCCUCUUGUCAGCCAUCCUGUGUCUAAUUCCACUGGGCGUACUGUGCUGGCUUCUGUGCACAAGCUGGAAUGAGGAGGACUUGGCUCUGCUUGUACCUGAAGAAGUAUCCAGCAUAGACAGCGUUGAUAGCUGAACAGAGGAGUCACCAACUAUUUGGCUUUUCUAAUCUGACGUGCUGUGGCAAAGGCCAUUGUGUCAUACUGACACCAUAGAGAUAACUCAUGAGUUGCAGAUGAAAUCAAAAACUGGCUGCACUAAGCACUCAAUUGAUAGCACUUUACAUCCAGUCUUUUUUUAGCACUUGAAUGAACCUAUCUCCUGUACUUAACUAUGCAGAUAGGCCAGCAAUGGAGAUUUAAAUGCUGCUUUCAGCGUGGAGAAAAAAAGUAAGGUAGGCUGAUUGUCUUUUGCCACUUAUCCCAUCUCAAAUUUGAAAAUAUAAGCUGUGGAUUAUGAUACAUCUUAUGUCAAAGUGGGGGUACAGAGAUUAUCAGCCCCUUAGCCAGAGGAUGUUGGCAAUUCUGCUGGAGCCAGUGGAGCUCGUGCCAGCUGUGCAUGCAGUCCACUGCAUACAUCUUAAAAGCUCCAUCUUAACUGUGAAGCCCACAGAACUGUCUAAAAUUACUAAACAAAAAGGUACCUCUUUCAGAAAGCAACUGAACGGAAAGCAAGACUUGUACCUGCUGUAAGACUUACCUCUCUGCAGUUACCAGAGAAUGUUUGUGCAAGUUGAAUGUAUGGUGUUUGGAGCUUGCCUGUGAUUUAGUUCUUAAAAUGGAUUUUCACACUUA